ACUUCACUCCCUUUUGGGGACAAGAUUGUAUUAUUGCUACAUAUAGUAGAGGGUAGCCCUUAUCCUAUUCUUGUGCGGAUUUGGCCAAGAGAGAGUCACUUCAAUUAUUUUUUAUCCGAAGCCAAAAACUUGGGUUGCAAUAAUUGGAUUAUAUAUGUGCAUGGGUGGAUUUACUACAUGGACUCUUUCUACUCAUUAUAUACUCAUCAUCUCCACAAGCUUGUCAUGUCUCACAUAUUUUUUUAUGUUUUAUAUAGUCCUUUGGACGACAUUUGGUUGGCUAUGGCAUAUUCCUCGGCUCAUAUAUUGUAUACAAGACAGACAAGUGGUUAAAAAGAAAUGGUCAACAAACCCUAAUGUUAUAACAUCCAUGUAGUUUAAGUGCUUUGAACAACCAACAUUCACUUCAAUGGAAACUAAUUAACCAAUAGUCCAUUCAAAUUCUGAUUUGAUCAAUCGACAAAUGUUUCGCUAGUUAUCUGAACCAAUUGCUUGAAUCAUGUUCGAUCCCAAUAUAAAAAAACUGAAUGUGAUUUGAACAUGAAAAAACUAUUGAAGUGAUAAAAUUGCUUUAUUUUUUAUCGUUAAAUAUAAUAUCUACUAUUUCUUCAUUAUAAAAUGUUUCAACUUCGACCUAUGAACCACCAUCAUGUGCAUCAGCCAGCUAAGAUGAAUGUUGCACGAGUGGAGAAGUUUGAGUAGGUCUAACAGUUUGUGUUGUCCAUAUGGAUAUUUGAGAAAACUUCAUAGACUGGAUAAGAAGAAAAAAACACAGCUACCACCAGUUAGUUAAGAAUACAGCAAGAUUCUUUUUGUACUGAAUAGACUAAGCAGGCAUUUUUAAAUUUUAAUUAACAAAAUGGUGGUAGGAGUGUAAUUAAGAGACAGAUGCAUGGAGGUGAGUUUUAAAAUUAAUUAAUAACUGUGGUUGUGUUUUUUUUUUAUGAAUAAUAAUUGUGGUUGCGUUGUUGUCUUUUUGGUACAAAAGUUGUCUGCAUGUAUAUAUAUAUUUUCAUUAAUUAAAUCAAAUUCGAAAGAAAUGAAACCCACCACUACUUAGUUAUAAUUUUAUGUUGUUGGCUUUUUUUCAGGAUUGCCAUUUCUUUUCCUUUCUCUACUCUGCUGACGAGCUGGCCGCCUCAGUCCUCUCCCCUCCGUUUGCAAAGACCUUAAUUAAUUCUACAAAAAAAAAGACCUUAAUUAAUUAAUCUAUUUAUUUUCUUACGUUUAAUUUAAUCGAAUUAAAACAUAAUUCUUGAGAGGACACAGAACUCUGAGUGGACUGAGAAUCGCUUUUCCCUUUUCAUUUGGAAAACACGAAAGCAAGCAAGUCAAAAUUGCUGUUGGGCGAAAUAUUUUUAUUAAUAAUAUAAUUAUAGCUCCAGUACACUUUUUUGGGUAAGGAUGAUCUCUGACAAAUUAAACCACGGUCGGAGCAUGUAGGGUUAAAUGUAAAUCUCCUAAAAUCAUUUUUCUCAUUUACAUAUCACGCGAGGACAAUACAUAUAUCAUUAUCGAAUUGUUCUUAUAACAAAAGUAUAUAAUUUAGAGUUAAUACCAUAUUUUGGCCCGAACUAUGACCAUAUAAUCAACUUUGGCCCGUGGUUUAAGAAAUUAACAUCCUGGCCUCAACUAUGCAGCAUAUAGACUCAAUUGGCCCGACACAUGGUUUGACCGUCAAUUUGGAUGGUCAACACGGUUGACCGUUAGUCAACACGCCAUGUCAUUGCCUCAUCAGUCUAGAAAUUAUAAAAAAAUCAAAAUCAAAUUAUUUUCCUAAUUUCUAUUAUUUACUAUUUUCAAAUUAACCAAAAAAUAAAUUUAAAAAAUAUAAAAUAAAACUUAUAUUUUAUUUUUUUGGAUAUUUGAAAAUGAUAAAUUUUAUAAAUUAACCUAAAAUUAUCAAAUUAAAUUUUAUAAAUUUUAAAUAUAUAAAAUAAUUUGAUAAUUUUUGGUUAAUUUAUAAAAUUUAUCAUUUUCAAAUUACACAAAAGAUAAAAAAAUAAAUUUAUUUUUUUUUAUAAUUUUUUUUUUGUUAAUUUGAUUAUAAAUAAUAAAAAUUUAAAAAAUAGUUUGAAUUUUAAUUUUUUUAAUGAUUUUUAGGCCGACGAGGCAAUGACAUGGCAUGUUGACUAACGGUCAAUGGUGUUGACCAUCCAAAUUGACGGUCAAACUAGGUGUCGGGCCAAUUGAGUCUAUAUGUUACAUAGUUGAGGCCGGGAUGUUAAUUUCUGAAACCACGGGCCAAAAUUGAUUAUAUGGUCAUAGUUCAGGCCAAAAUAAGGUAUUAACCCUAUAAUUUAUUGUCUCUUCUAAUCUGAAUUAAUUGAUAAGCCAUGUAUCUAUUGAUUUGGAAGGCACGGAACUAGGUAGUGUAUGAGGGUAAGCAAGUGCUCAUCUCUGUGCUGACGGCUCAGUUUCAUGCACAAGUCAUAGAGUGGAUGUCGACUCUAGGGCCGCCACCUAUCCCUUUACUAGAUGUUGGUGGAUCGUCGACGCAUAUGCAGGGUAUUUCGCAGUUGCCACCAGGUCACGUGUGCUACUUUGAUGGGGCGGUUAGGGCAGGUGAGUGGUCAGCCAUGGGAAUGGUACUUUGUGACUCAACAGGGGCGUUCGUCAGUGCGAGAGGCGGUUGGCUUCAAGGUGUGCCAGAGCUAGCUAUGGUGGAAUUGGUAGCGUUGCGAGAGUCCGUUCUGUGGUGUGUCAGCGCGAGAUUUACGACAAUGCUUCUGGCAGGUGAUGCAAAGGGGAUCAUUGAUAAAGUCAGAGCAGGAGUGGUAAAUGAUGCGCUAGGCGGAGCUAUUUUGCAGGAAAUCAAGUGGAUGCUCCGAGAUAAUCCGGGAUUCUCAGUGCACUUUGUAGGCAGACAGAACAAUAGGGCAUCCCAUUUAGUGACUAGAAAAGCCCUCUCUUUGUCUCUGCGUACUUUGAGCAGUUUCGAUUUUUGCGCUUGGCUCCAUUUGGAGUUUUAAACGUUGUAUCUUUGUUGUUCUUGGUAAUACAAACUAUCUUUGGUAAAAAAAUAAAAAUAAAUAAGUCAUGUAUCCAAAUUACAUCUAAACACUUUUGUUAUUUCUUUCGAGACCAUGCAGAACUUCGAAUUGCUUUUCGAAGUUCUUCAAAAUAAUCUCUUUUGGCCUUUUCCAUUUUCCAUUAUGAUUAUGAGUGCAAUAAUAAUCCAUUUUUUCUUUAGCAAAUGGAAUACUUUUAUGUUUGUCAUUUUAAUAGAGUUUUUCCAUCUUUCUCCCCUCCCUUCUUUCGAUGGUGGGUGGUAACUAAAUAAUAAAUUGAAUAAACAUUUCUAAGAAUAAUUCCACAAGUGUACACAGCUUAUUUUAAUACUCCAUUUCGGUUCGUUGGAAAUUUGGUAAUCCUUAAGCCUUCUAAGGUAUAGGAAUGAAAAAACACAAGGCAGGGAGAGGGUGGAUAUUGUUCCAAACCUCUACAUUGGGGGCUUGUUAAACCAUUAAAAUUGAAAUUUAAGUUAGAUGAGUUCAUAAAUUAAAACAAUAAAACUAAUUUUAAUAAUGUUUAGUUUGACUUGUUAAUUAAAAAGUCGCUUAUAAUAAUAGAAACAAACAUUUAAAACACGAAUUGUUCGACAAAAAGAAAAAAACACGAAUUAUGAAAUAACAUAAAUGGUUUUAUUUUGUGUAUGUGGGUAUCAAAAAUUCAAAGUCGGUACUAUUAAUUACUGAUAUUUCGAUUUAUAACCAAUAAGAAUGGUGGUUAGAGUUUUUUAAACGGUUUGUUUUCUGAUUAAAAAAACCAAGAUCAGUUUGGCAGCCAUAGUCACCCUCGAGUGAGAGAACUUGUACGGAAAAAAACGAAACUAUAAUGAUCACCAAAAUUACAUAUUUCAUAGUUCACAUAUUUUUGGAGGUAGGCCACCGUUGAUUGGGUUUUCAUUUAUUUGCAGUUAAUUUUUUGCGUUUGGAAAGACUAAGACUGGCCCAGUCAAUGAGUCUGCAAAUUAUAACUUGGAAAUAUUGUUAUUAAUUAGUCGCUUUCUAUUUGAAUUUUGAGAAUUGAAUACAUUCUUCGUAUUGGGUUUACUUAAUGCCAAGGAAAUUAAUGGUUAAUCUAUACAAUAAAUAAAAGCCAAAUGAAAAAACUUGAAGCCCCAUUUUAAAUUUCCUGCAUCCAGAGUGAAAGUAGGAAGGACGUUUUGGUCUUCACAAUUACGUCUUUUUACGUUUUUUUUAUUCAUUAAAAAGACACUUACUAGGAUUCGAACCAUGACCACUUUAAAGAAAAGCAAAGAUCAUAACCAAUCACACUAAGUACAUUUGUUGUUUCUUUUUAAAUUAAAACAUAUAAUAGCUGAGAGGAAAAAACCCUUCCCCCAUUUCAAAUUCCCUGCUCCAUGAGCGUUUGUAGGAAGGGUAGAAUAGGGAGUGUCAAUUUUUUUCUUUUUCCUCUGUGGAACGUGCCAACUUACCAUACACAUGCAGAUUUAAACGGGUCCAAGAGUGUUAAUUUUUUUCUUUAAAUUCUUUUAUUUCUCCGUGGUGGUAAAAUAUAUAUGAACAGGCAAAAACAAUACUCCUUUUAUUGCUAAAAAGAAAAAAUUUUAAAAUAAACUAAUGCAUGGAUUCUAAUGGGCUAAACGCUAAUCAUAAAAUAAAAGAGUUGAAUGGGUCUGACCAACACAGGAUUUGCCCAUUAGGUAAAACAAAUGAACAUCAUGAGUUUGUCAUUCUAAAACAAACUAUUUUCUCUAGCAUAAUAUAUAUUAUGCUAUUAUUUCAUACCUUAGUGGCAAAAAUAUAAUGUAUUUUAAAGU